UUGCAUGGUGGAUUGCUGCUGUAUCUGCCCUUGUGGAGAUGUACGUCCAAUAGAAAACACAUCCUUUUGGAGAUAUCAAUCAGACUAGGUCAUGGCUUCGCAAUUUCUGAAGUUUUCCGUACUGCUGCAGAAGUACAGGACACCACUGCUUCUUGUUGGAUGUGGUGGCGUCUUCUCUGUCAACAUGAUCUACCAUGUUUUCCCAGAUCAAACCUAUAGAAAGUUGUAUCAGGCCUGGCACAAAGGAGAACCAGCUACCUUGUCUGAGAAACUGCAGGACCUGUUUCAGAAGGUGUUGAAGGACACAGCCGUUAGCUUGCCUAACAACUACACCGCUUUUGCCGCCUUUGGCUUCCACCCGGUUGGAGCAGGAGUUCCGUGGUUUCCCACGGGUGCUCAGAUUGGCAUCCCUGCCAAUUUUAACAGCACCACCGAGGACUCUGAAGGCAUCACCAACCGCACCAUCCUCAUUAAUGGCAAAGAAGUGGACUGGGACAGCAACAAAGGCACUGCCCUUAAGGAGGCACUGCUGUUCUCACCGGAAGCUCAGAAAUUUGCGGUGGCGAGGGAGGUGGCACGGCUGGCGGCGGGUGGGCCAGUGUUGCACGCCGCAGUGGCCCCUGCCUGUCUCGCUGGGGUUUGGGUCUAUAGUGUAGCCCUCAAGCAGAUAUUUGGUCUCUAUGGAGGAUCGAUAAUCCUCCGGGGAGUUGUGAGUGGAGUGGCUCUGGGGUUGGGAGCCGUGUCAUAUUUCUUGGCCUCUGAUGCUGUCAGCCAGUGGCUGGACUACAGCUCAGACCGCCGUGCUGCCAGUGUGUCCCGUGACUAUGCCAAGGGUGGUGUGGAGUUUUAUGACAAAAUUCUGUCCAGAAACAGGACUCUGCGUUCUCUAAUGGGUCCAAAAGGAGAGGAGAUGUAUGCACCGAGUGGUAACCUGUUUCCCGCUCACUUACUGCGACUGAAGCAUGCUCCAUAUACCUCAAGACGGGAUGGUAUCCUGAAUCUUCUAAAGGAAGAGAAAGUGUGAAGAACAGAAAGUUUUGGAAAUACUUUCAACAGGUUAUAUUCAAGACCAAUAAAAUACACAUAUUAAGAAAUGUGGAGGAUUCUUAUUUUUGGCACUUAAAGAAGAAGAAAGUAUUUCAGGCCUG